AUGGAAAACUCAGACAUAUCGCUGGGAUUGCACGACUUCCUAGAACGGAUGCGCCAUCCUUCCGCCGCCGAUUUCGUCAAAUCCAUCAAAAGCUUCAUUGUCUCCUUUUCAAACCAUGCUCCUGAUCCAGAGAGGGACAGUGCUCUUGUACAGGAGUUCCUUGCCAACAUGGAAACAGCUUUCAGGGCUCAUCCGCUUUGGGCUGGUUGCUCCGAGGAGGAGCUUGAGAGUGCUGGUGAAGGACUUGAGAAGUAUGUUAUGACAAAGUUAUCUUCCCGUGUAUUUGCUUCAGUUCCAGAUGACGUAGAAGUCGAUAAACAACUUUAUGAGAAAAUAUCCUUGAUUCAACAGUUCAUUCGGCCUGAAAAUUUAGAUAUUAAGCCUACCUUUCAAAAUGAAACAUCAUGGCUGCUUGCCCAAAAAGAGUUGCAAAAGGUCAACUUAUACAGAGCACCGAGAGACAAGCUUGUGUGUAUCCUCAAUUGUUGCAAAGUCAUAAAUAAUUUACUGCUCAAUGCCUCAAUGGCUUCAAAUGAGAAUCCUCCUGGAGCUGAUGAAUUUCUUCCCGUUUUGAUUUAUGUUACUAUAAAGGCCAACCCCCCACAACUGCACUCAAAUUUGUUGUAUAUUCAACGCUACAGGCGUCAAUGCCGAUUAGUUGGAGAAGCAGCCUAUUUUUUCACAAACAUUCUCUCUGCAGAGUCUUUCAUCUCUAACAUUGAUGCAAAAUCCCUUUCAAUGGAGGAAUCUGAAUUUGAAAAGAACAUGGAACUAGCUCAAGACCUUACUGGCCUUUCAACUGAUUUGAAUGGUCUUUCUAACCAAAGUGAUCAAAGUGCAGGAAACAAUUCCAAAGCAGAAGUUAUGGAAUCCAAACAUCGAGCUUUGAGCACUAGGAAGGAAAGGGACUCUUCUAUUGGAUCCAGAUCUUCUGAAGCAACAUCUACUAGUAAGGAUGUUCAAUAUGCCAAAGAUGAGUCACCGAUGGAGAUGAUUUCGUCACUCUCAGAUAUAGAGAACAAAGGAGCAACUUUGCUUUUGAAGGACGAUCUAGCAAGUCAGGUCUUUCGAGAAUAUCCAUACUUGUUUGCCCAUGUUGGUGAUCUAACAAUCAACGAUGUAGAAGACCUACUAAACAAUUACAAACAACUUGUCUUCAAGUAUGUUUGUCUUUCUAAAGGGCUGGGUGGUGCUAAUACAUCUCUUCCUUUGUCUAGUUCUCAAACUCAAGUUCAUGGUGAUGCUGAAACUCUGAACUACCACCAAGAUACCGCAGCAGUAGAGGCAAAUAAUGAGUCGCAUAAACAUACUGGCAUGACCAGUGGUUCUAAUACGGUUUCUCUUGUUGACGAAGAGGAUGUCGAAUUGAAGCCCAAGAACCAUGAAGAUACUAAAGCAGGAGAGCCAAAUGACGAGUCACAUAUACAUGCUGGUAUGUCAGAUGGUUCAAAUAUGCUUUCCCUUGGUGAAGAGAAUGUUGCCUAA